AUGGACUGGAUCGACGAGCGGCCGGAGCUGGACCCGGCGAACGCCGUGACCUACCGCCACCUCGCCGAACCGCAGCGCGCGAACCUCAGCUGCUGCGGCCGGCCGCCCGUCGCCUGCCCCGCCGAGAAGCCGCCGCUGGCCUGCCUGCUCGCGCGCGUGCCCUUCGGCGAGCCGCCGGCGUGCGUCGCGCGGCGCUUCGCGUGCUGCCUCCGCCACUGGGCCGUCGAGCGCUUCGCGCUCCACGAGGCCUACGCGGGCAAGACGCACGUGCGAUGCAACGGCAAGACCUGGGACGUCGCGGAGCUCCGCGCGGACGACGUGCUCUUCGACCACCGGUCGCUGCACAAGUUGUGCGCGGCGUUCAACCCGCACUGCCUCUUCGUCUGGGAGCAGACGGAGUACCCGCCGCCGGACCAGCGCCACGCGUCCCUGGCGAACGUCAGCGUCGUCGUGAAGAUGGGCGACCCCUGGUUCCAGGUCCACAACGCGCCCGGAGACGCGCUCGUGCUCGCGAACAACCCGCUGGCGAAUCCCCUGAUCCGACGGGGCGCGCCGACGCUCGCGGUGCCCAGCGGCGUCAAGCGCGGGCCCCAGCUGCGAGACGAGUGCCGCGCGCGGCCCAAGGCGCUCAAGGUGCGGUGCGCGGGCGUGAACCUGCACCGGGGCCGGCGGCAGAAGUUCGACGAGCUCCGCGCGCGGGGCCUCUGCGACGGCGACCCGCUCUACGACCGCGGGUCCCACCUCCGCAGCGGCCGCCUCGACCCGGCGGACUACUUCGCGAGGCUCGCGGAGGCGGCCUACGCCCCGUCGAUGCCCGGCGUCGGCUGGCAGAACUACCGCGACACGGAGGCCGUCGUCGCGGGCGCCGUGCCCAUCCUCGAGACGCCGCCCCUGCUGCCGGAGCGCGGCUACUUCGACGCGCUCCUCGACGAGCUGCCCCACGUCCGCGUGCGGUCCUGGCUCUCCUUCGCGGAGCCGCCCGAGGACGUCCUCUACUCGGACUGGGACAAGCUCCGCCUCGAGGACCUCCCCGACGGGCCGCCGGCCGGCGACGCGCGCAAGUUCUACCUCCCCUUCUACCUCUACCACGUCUUCGACGCGCUCCUCAGGGCCGGCGUGACGCGGCCGACCUCGCCGGAGAACCCGGCCCGCGUCAAGGUGACCGCGCCGCCGGGCCGCGUCGGCAAGUACCCCUACCUCGACCCGAACGCCGCCGGCUGCCGCUGGUUCGACCCGGACGCCGCGUCGGCGUUUCAGCAGCUCUCGGCGCGGCGACGGCACGGCACGGCGCUCCGCGCGACGCGCUGGUUCGUCAAGACGGAGCAGUUCUGCGCGCCGUUCCCUGUGGUGAAGCCCCACCUCGAGGCGCACCGCGCCUGGGUCACGGAGCUGCGCGACGGCGGCGCGACGAUCACGUCGGGCUACCGCGUCGACGGCGAGGGCAAGCCCGGCGGCGGCGGCAUGCUCUUUUUCGCCGCCGACUCCUACGCGGACGCCGAGGCGCUCGUGCGGCGGGAUCCGCUCGUCGCCGCGGAGGUCGUCGACUGGCGGCUGAACGAGUGGAUCAGCGAGGUCGGCGGUAUCGAGCUCACCUAG